AUGACCUCUUUGGCUGUCAUACCCCCUUUGAAAAGAACAAUCACCGAUAUCAUGGAUGAAGAACUAUAUCAUUUACCUAGUUCGCCUUUGAAUGUGCAAUCUACUAGUAAUAAUGCUGGUGCCGCCGGCGUUAAUCGAUCGGAUUCUCCUAAACCCGCAUCGUUGUUUCGUAAUAUGUCAUCAUCAGUUAAUUCAUCCCCUGCUUUAGGACAAUCUUCAUUAUACGCUCAACCAGUUGCUAAUAACUUACCUAAUUUACUCAAUAUUCCAGAUUCGUUUUUGGAUCAAUAUAAUCGAUUAAAUGGUAGUAAUAAUAAUUUAGCUUCAAUAUCGCCAUCUUCAUCUACUAAUAAUAUCAUGGAUGAUGGCUAUCAAGCAAAUCAACCUUUGGAUGAUUUGAAAAUCAGCCCCUUUUCCGAUUACGGGAACCCGGACUCGAUUAACACUCAACCUAGUUUCAUUCAUCCAAAUGACGUUUAUCAAAUUCCUUCUCAUCCAAGAAGAAGAAGAAUAACUACUUUGGAUGAUGAUGAUGGUUCAAAAUCAAAACAAAAACGUUUGAAAGACGAAAAUUAUUACUUGUUUAAUACUGAUAUUCAACCUUCUUCUUUGGUGAUGAAUAAUCAUGAUUUAUAUUCAGAUUCUCUCUUUAUACCUAAUGAUAAUGAAGAAAAUAACCAAGGUUACAUCGAUCCAAACGGUCCUAUCCCCGGUUAUGAAAAUGAUUAUUUAAUGAUGGAUCAUUUUGAUGAAGAUGUCGAAGAAGAUUUAAGUGAUGAUGAUGAUGAUGAAGAUGAUUUCUUUAAUGAUGAUAAUGAAUUUGAUGAUUUCAUCAUGAAUAGUCAAUAUGAAUAUUUACCUCAAGAUGAUCAACAAUAUCAAACUCAACAACCUCCUCAACAACCUCCUCAACAAGAACCAGAAAUCAAACCUUGGGAUAUGUACAUCAAGGAUAAUUUGAUGAAUGGUGGGUUUAUUGAUGAUUUUGGGGUUAAUAAAGAAGAGGUUGUUGAUGGUAAUCCAAAAGAAAUAUUAUCCCCACCUCCUUUAACUAAUUUGAAUAUAAAUGAUCAUAAACACGAAGAAGAGGAUGAUGAUGAUCAAAUGGUGGUUGAUGAUACCCCUAUGAAGACUGCUGCAGAGAUUUCUGCCAAUAAUCCAAAUCAUCAAUGUGACAAAAUCAAUCCAUCAACCGGUAAACCAUGUAAUAAACAAUUCAGUCGUCCUUAUGAUUUAAUAAGACACCAAGAAACCAUUCAUGCCCUGAAGAAGAAGAUAUUUCGUUGUGUUAUCUGUGAGGGUAGACUAAAUGGUGGAGAUGGUAAUGGGAAGCAAAAGACUUUUUCAAGAGGUGAUGCAUUAUCCAGACAUAUCAAAGUCAAACAUGGUUUAGGAGGUAAGGAUGCAUUGGAUUUGAUUAAUGAAGCAAAGAAGAAUGUUGAAUAUGUUUCAAUUUAA